CAUGAUCAGGUGUUCUCUAAUUGUUUGAGGUCAAGUGGAAGGACAGGGAUCAUAGCAUCAGAGGAAGAGGAUGUGCCUGUGGCAGUAGAGGAGAGUUACUCUGGGAAUUAUAUUGUGGUAUUUGACCCCCUUGAUGGAUCAUCAAACAUUGAUGCUGCUGUGUCUACUGGCUCCAUCUUUGGCAUUUACAGCCCGAAUGAUGAGUGCCUGGCGGAUAUUGGUGAUGAUGCUGAGCUUGACCAAGGGAAACAGAAAUGUGUAGUGAGUGUGUGCCAGCCAGGGGAUAACCUCCUCGCAGCAGGCUAUUGCAUGUACUCGAGCUCUGUGAUCUUCGUUCUCACCUUGGGAAAAGGCGUUUUCGCCUUCACCUUGGACCCUAUGUAUGGCGAAUUCGUUCUUACCCAAGAAAACAUUCAGAUCCCAAAGGCGGGAAAGAUAUACGCGUUUAAUGAAGGGAACUACCAGCUAUGGGAUGAUAAGUUGAAGAAGUACAUUGAUGACCUUAAGGACCCUGGUCCUAGUGGCAAGCCUUAUUCUGCUAGGUACAUUGGCAGUUUGGUGGGAGACUUCCAUAGGACUCUUUUGUAUGGAGGCAUUUAUGGGUACCCAAGAGACAAGAAGAGCAAGAACGGGAAGCUAAGGCUUCUGUACGAGUGUGCCCCGAUGAGCUUCAUCGUGGAGCAAGCCGGUGGGAAAGGAUCAGAUGGCCAUAAAAGAAUUCUUGAUAUCACACCAGUUGAGAUACACCAGCGAGUUCCUCUAUACAUUGGAAGUGUGGAGGAAGUUGAUAAGUUGGAGAAGUACCUAGCUUAAUCCAAGAAUGAAAUGCAGAGAUGAGUACAUUGAAGCCAUGGUGUUGUUUUGGACCACUCUCAGAUGUAUAUCAGAAUCUACAACUUAAAAUGCAUUGUAAACACUUGAAAAUAAAAUAUUAUUCUUUUGAUCU